AUGAAGCUGACAUGAUAUACGGAGCGCAUAUAUAAAUCUGAUUAAGAAGAAGGAGCUCUCAUUUUGCAUUCGACACUAUUCGCAUCGUAUCAUGUGGUUCCAUCUGACUUUUGUCCUAGUCAUUGGAGCGGCCGUAGCCAAUGCUUACCCUCGUGCUUGGGGAACUGGAAAUGAAUAUCAUUAUCUUAUAGAAAGUCGGACAUUUACGGUCUUGAACAAACUAGCUGGACAAUAUUCUGGGAUUUUGAUAAAAGGUGGUCUUACCAUUCAGGAAUCAUGGCAGGAUAGGCUAGAAGCUGUGGUUUCUGAGACACGGUAUGCUACCGUGAACAAAGUAUUGCUGAGUAUUUGGGAUGACAUUGCCGACAUUGAGUUUCGCGAGCUUUCAUUGUCGCGAAAACCCUUCGAGAUCAAGCUCAAGAAUGGAGUGAUCCGGGAUGUGUUGUUUGACAAGGAUGUGCCUACUUGGGAAGUGAAUUUGCUAAAGAGUAUUGUAAGUCAAUUACAGAUUGACAUAGACGGCGAGAAUGUGAUAGUGGGAGACCGAAAGGGCAAUAAGAUGCCUGACGACAAUCAACCCUUUGGUACAUUUAAAGUCAUGGAGGACUCCGUCGGAGGCAAAUGCGAAGUCAUUUACAAUAUUGCACCAGUGCAAUAUAAAGAUCAUAUACCAGUAUCCUUGCCAUCUCUCGAUAAGGAUGGUCGACAAUUCGGUAUUACGAAAACGAAGAAUUACAACAGAUGCGAGCAGCGAAUGGCUUACCAUUCUGGUAUAAUUGGCAAAAUGAAACCAGAAUCUAACGACGAACUUUUUACGAGAUCAUCUACGUCUAAUAUUAUCAUCUCGGGCAACCUGAAACGUUUCACUAUUAAAUCGUCCGUGAUGACGGACGAAAUAGUUAUGAAUUCUAAAAUUCACGAUACGUACUCUGGCGCUGUCUACAGUAGUAUGAAUCUAACUUUAGUCAAAACAAGCCUGAUCGCCAAUCCUAUGCGAGCCAGCAAUGUCGUGUCAACCGGAAACUUAGUGUAUACUUACAACAAUCCGUUCUCUAGCCAACUCAAACGGAGUAGCAGCUCUUCAAGUAGCUCGAGCUCUAACAGCGAGGAGCACGAUUACUUGCAACCUAAACCAAAAUUGGACGAGGCUCCGGAGAGUCCACUGUUGCCCUAUUUCAUUGGAUACAAUGGCAGGAGCAUCCAAACGUCCGAAGAGAAUUAUGAUGUGGUAGCGGCCCGCCUGAUCAGUCAAAUAACCGAGGAAAUUGAAUAUCUUGCUGUUGAUCUUUUAAAACAUCCAUUCACCGAGACUUUAGAGCGAUUCACAAUUCUGGUUAGAUUGAUUCGCACUAUGAAUACCAAACAGAUUGGUGAGGUAGAGUAUAAUCUACUGGAAUUGGUAUACCACGACAAUCGGAAGGAUAAAGUUACUCGUGAAGAGGAUCAGAAAUUAUACAACCAAACUCUAUGGGAUGUUUUUCGUCACGCCAUCGCGGAUGCCGGAACUGGUCCAGCUCUUAUCACCAUUAAAAAUUGGAUAAAGAACGGGAAACUCGAGGGCAUACAAGCGGCACAGAUUAUUUCGAAAAUUCCUAAAACUGCGCUCGCACCUACGGCAGAAUAUCUUACAGCAUUUUUCGAACUGAUUACUGAUGAACAAGUAACGCAACAGAAAUUUUUGAACACAACCGCACCUUUAGCAUUUGCCGAAUUGGCCCGUUACACCCUAAGUAACAAAUCGUAUAUUUAUUAUCCAAUCUACAGUUUUGGUCGUACGGCCUUCAAACAUGACAAUGCGAUUCUUGAAAAGUAUAUCCCAUAUAUGGGUGUACGAUUGAGAGAAGCUAUCAAGAAAGGCGACAGUCGUCAAAUUCAAACGUACAUUAUGACAUUGGGUAAUUUCGGUCAUCCAAAAAUACUCUCCAUUUUUGAGCCGCAUUUGGAGGGCACGUUGCCGGUAUCAAAAUUUCAACGUUUGAUGAUGGUCAAGUCGCUAAACAAACUAAGCGAAAACUUCCCGAGAGUAGCCAGAUCCGUCGCUUACAAGAUCUACAUAAAUGUAAUGGAGGCCUACGAAAUACGUUGCGCAGCUGUUUACAUCAUAAUGAAGACCAAUCCGCCCAUGUCCAUGUUGCAGCGAAUGGCGGAAUUCACUAAUCAAGAUGAGAAUCCACAUGUAAAUUCUGCCGUUAAGACUAGCAUAAAUGCCCUCGCUGAUUUGGAGCAACCGGAGUGGAAAGAGCUCGCUGACAAGGCGCGUAUCGCUAGCAAGUCAUUGAAGUCUGACAUUGACGUUGAAAAUUACUCUCAAAGCAUCUUUAAGAAGAUGAAAAUCUCCUCCUUAAACACUGAGCAAACUGCCAUCCUUCAGACGAUUAGUAGCGACGAUUCUGUUAUAUCUAGAGAUGCAUCUAUUGAUAUAUAUCAAUCUUACGGUGGUUUCAAUCUACCUCUGUCGAGACUAUCAUACGCAACAUCGAGCAUCAAAAGCUUAAUAAAUAUAUGGUAUCAGAUGCCCUGGAUGAGUUUGCCCACUUUGGAUAACAAGAAAUUGAUUAUUGUAGAAACUAUUGAAAAGCUUGGUAUUAAGCCCGAAGAUGCAGAACCUUUUGAAGGAAAUAUCUUCUUUGACAGUCCAUUAGGUUCAGAUUUCCAUCCGUACGACAAUCAAACGUUUGAAGAAAUCAUCAAUAUGUUUAUGAAUUAUGUUGCGUCAAUGCAGAUGUCACCAUUACAAGUUUUUGAAUCAAAAAAUAUAAAUCGCCUAUACCACUACGACAUGACGUUGGGAUUCCCGACUGAAACUGGUCUACCGUUCGUCUACACCUUAACGAUACCGCAAUUAAUGAGAAUUAGCAGAGAAGGAUCUCACCAGGUCACAAUCUCACAAACUGAACACUUUAUGGAAUUAAAGGCGGCGGGUCAUAUGAUAUUAAAUGAAAAGUCUCAAAGCAGAAUUGGCUUUGUGACGCCUUUCGAAAACAGGCACUACAUUGCUGGCAUCGAUGUCAAUACGCAGCUCUUUAUACCAGCUGGUUUAAGUAUUAAAUAUGGAGCGACGAAGAAAUUAGAGCUAAAGAUACAACCGCGUGAAUAUUAUCAAUACGGCGUCGGGCAUGCAGCGAUUCAUCACAGCGUCGUUCCUUAUACCGCAAAACAUGACAUUCUAGAUUUCCAACCUGUAAUUCUUAGCAAUGACACACGACUAGUGCACACGAAGGAACCGCAUGGAAUGGAAUUUUCGUUAGGUGGUGUGACGUUUACGGCAAAGGCUGAUCUUAUUGACAGUGAAGCGGCGAAGAAAACAGGAAUUGAAGCCGCUACCGAGUUUUGUCAACUGUUUUAUAAAAAUCUUGGCGCUCGUUACAGAAGUUUCGACAUAAUCUUAUCUCUUAAGGAAGCAGAAAUAAACAUGACUUACAAUCAAGGGAUACUCAAUAAUGUAAGAAAUAGUUCGGAAGCAACAAUUCCUGCAUCAAUUGACAAACGCCCGCAGAGCGAGGCGAGGAAAGAACAAUUCCAACAGGAAAUCAGCAAAGAUAUUAAUUAUCCAAAUUCUUUUGGUCAUAUUUUUGAUAUAAGUGUUUUAGCUGAUAAUAACUACCACGUUUUUACCCUCGCUGUGCAAGAAAGCUUUGUAAAGGAUAAGCUGCAGGCCCUUUUCUAUUGGAAUGUUCAAUCGCCAAAUGGAAAUGUCUUCUCCGAGUUUUGUGCUGUUGGAUACAAACAAUCAACACAAAGCUUUCCUCUGAACUUUGAGAAAGCGAUUGAGAAAAUUCCGAAUUAUGAAUAUAAAGCUGAGAUGCGAUUUGGAAAUUGUGCGAACGGAGAGACGAUUAGACUCAAGGGAAAUUGGACUCGCACUGACGAUGUCGUGAAAAUGGCAAUGAAAUCCGAUAUAGUCGAGAAGUGUCGGCAAGAGAUAAAACAAGGCAACAUUUGGCUACCGACUUGUCGAAAAGCCAGCGAAUUAGUCGAACUGAAGGAUCUUCUGAAAAUAUCAAUAAACACGAAUUCAGAUCGUUUCUUUGCGUUUGCCAAUGCAAUGAUCUUGAAGAUAGCCGAUCCUAUGAUGUACAACAAUGAGACGAAGUCAAACUCGAGGCGUCUUGAUAAGAACACUAUCGAUAUGGAGAUAAAAUUGUCGAUCGAAGAUGAUGAUGCAAAAAUCUCUUUGCGCACUUCGCAAACGGAUUUGGCGUUUUCUCUGUCAAAUAUUUUUGAGUCUCCCGAAGAUAUUUCACUGAAGAAGUGUCUUAAGAAAAAAUUACAAGGAUCUGUGUGCGCUCUCGAUAAAACAAAAGUUGUUACUUUUGACGAAAAGGUCUAUCCCUUGAAAUUGGGAAAAUGUUGGCAUGUGAUGAUGACUACUUAUCCAAAGCGGAAUCCUCUUAACCCCGAAGAAACUUUAAGUAUUCGGGAAGAUAUGAGUGUGAUUGUCAUGGCUCGAGAAAUGGAUGAUAGUACUAAACAGAUCCGGAUAAUCUUGAAUGAAGAUCAAGAAAUUUAUCUGCAGAAAUCGAAUGAUCGCCUCGAAGCUACGGUUAACGGUCAGCCAGCUAACACUUCAAAUCAUGAUAAAGUAGUCGUUGAAAUCUAUCAACUGGACGGAAUGAUCGUAGUUUAUUCGCUAUAUAAUCAAAUCUACGCCGUGUAUGACGGAGAACGUGUCCUACUUUAUGUAAGUAAAGAAAUAAAGCAA